AUGGGUUGCUCACCUGAAGAACUGGUGGAGUCUCUUUCAUUGCAGGGAUCUUAUGCUGGAAAAAUCCAUUCCAUUGGUGAUGCCUUCAGAAGUUUUAAAAAUCUCCGAUCCUUAGAUUUAUCAAGGAAUUUGAUCACUAGCCUAAAGGGCAUCCAGUACUUAUGUUCCCUCCAAGACCUGAAUUUAUAUUAUAACAACAUCCCUUCGUUAGUGGAGGUGUCCCGCCUCCAGCCUUUACCCUUCCUCAGAGAACUGGAUUUGAGGCUCAACCCUGUUGUCAGGAAAGAUACAGACUACAGGCUCUUUGCUGUGUAUACGCUGCAGACUCUGGAGAAACUGGACGAUCGAACCGUUCGAGACAGCGAGCGAAAAGCCGCCAAGCUGCAUUUCAGUCAGUUGGGCAACAGUGAAAACUUUCUCUUGGAGGUGGAAAAAAGUCUGGUCAGUGCUUCAUUGUCUGCCUUUUCUCUUAACACAGACUCAAACAAAGGACUUUUUAUUUCUCUCCCCAACCGGGAAAUAAAGGAUCCCCUAACGAGUGCUUCUGCAACCCAGGGCAACAGUGUACCAGAUCCGAAGUUAGACUCAUUCCAACUGGGGACACAGAUGCAGCAAGUGGCAAGAAGGGAGAUGUCAAGUGACAAUCACCAGGAAGAUGAAUUCAGACACUAUUCGUCUCAUCAGUCCAGAGUUCGAUCCCCAGAGAAGACGGUGAGAGAAGGUUACAGAGUAUCUUUUUUGAGCAAGUCAUCAGGUUCUUCUCCAGAAAAGGACUUGAAACAAAAGCCCGACACAUAUCAGCUUGUCAGCGAUGCUUCAUUGGGUAAACGCCUGGAUGUGGGGGAUUCUGGCCAGCUCCAUCCCUAUCCAUUACCUUCAGAUGUUGGUUUGGAACAUUAUGAUAGUCAUUAUCUUCAAACUCUCUCCCUGCAUGAAAGUCUUGGUAAAAGGCCCCAGAGAAGCAAGAGCUACCGAGAAUAUAACAUAAAGCCUUCGAACGACACGAAGGCCAGCACAUCCCAUUCCUGUGGCGACUUGCUAGCUUCUCUCUCCAAUCCUGACUCCAGCACCGGAAGACUCUUGAAACUCAGUUCAGAUCUGUACGCCACCACCCACUUCAACUGCGACCCAGCUCUGCUGGCCAGCGCAGAGCAGCAGUUGCCCACCAGCCUGAGUGACUUAACACCGGCGCGUGGCUCUUUCUCAAACCACUCUGCCCUGGGAAACUCUCUGCGGUCCCUGAUGCUGCCUUCUGCGACUUCAGAAGACAGAGAGAUGUUGGCCAAGAGGUCAUUAAGCCCAUUGAAGAGAGGGUUCAAACGGCAGGACAAUCUCCUUGGGUCCCUGAACCCAAAGCAUGGUUUCCGAGAGGCUACCGGCAACGAGCCUCUCUCUAGUGACCUGGGCAGUUUGCAUGGUUUACCAGGAAACCACAGUCCCCCGGCCUCUGCCAGAACCUCCCAUGUGGCCACUGUCCUCAGACAGCUCCUGGAGCUUGUGGACAAGCACUGGGGGGGCUCCGGCUCCCUCCUCCUCAACAAGCAGUUCCUGGGUCCUGCCCGAGACUUGCUUCUGAGCUUGGUCGUCCCUGCUCCUUCUCAGCAAUGGUGUCACACGAGUCCCGAGGAUACUUCGAAAGCCCUCCGCAGGAGGGAGAUUGAUCUGAAGGAAGCCGGGCAACUGAUCCCUAACGACAUGGAAAGUUUGAAGCAAAAACUGGUCAGAGUGCUGGAGGAAAACCAGGUCUUGUCAGAAAAAAUCCAGCAGCUGGAGGAAGGUGCUGCCACCUCGAUGUUGGGUGGGCCCCAGUCCCACAGUUUCGAUGAUCUUCUGCGCAAAAACCAGCAACUGAGCCUGCAGGUGGCUUGCCUGAGCCAGGAGCUGGCCCAACUGCGAAAGCUGGAGGAGACGGUGGCCCUUCUCCACGAAAGUCAGAGGUCCCUGGUGGUAACCAAUGAGUACCUGCUGCAGCAGCUGAAUAAGGAGCACAAGAGUUAUUCUGGGAAGGCGCUCCUGCCUCCGGAGAAGAGCCACCAUCUGGGGAGAUCGUCGCCCUUUGGGAAAAGCACCUUGUCUUCCUCCUCGCCAGUGGCACACGACACGGGUCAGUACCUCAUCCAGAGUGUCUCCGAAGCCAUCCCAGAGCCCAGCUUGUGGAGCUGACCCUGGCUGACCUCUGCAGAGCUGACCCUGACCGGCGGCUGCCCUCUGCCACGGAGGGCGUCAGCACCCUUGCCCCAGCCAGGGUGGGUCUCGCCCACAAAAGAUGCAGAAAAACACACAUUCUGGUUUUACACUGGA